AUGGGCUCCGAACUCCAGGUGCUGCCCCCAGGAGCAGGCUACGGCAUAGUAAUAGGCAUCGGCGGGAUCUUCGCUUUAUUCAUGCUCGGCCUGACCUGGCUCCAAAACCGCUACACCACGUUCUCAACACACUCCGCGGAGGAAUUCAACACCGCAUCGCGCUCCGUAAAACCAGGCCUGAUCAGCGCCGGCAUCGUCUCCUCCUGGACAUGGUCCGCCACACUCCUGACCAGCUCGACGUUCGCGUACAACUACGGCGUCUGCGGACCCAUGUGGUACGGCGCCAUGGGCACCCUCCAGAUCCUCAUGUUCGGCUUGAUCGCCAUCAAAAUCAAAUCCAAGGCCCCCGGCGCUCAUACCAUGCCUGAGAUUGUGCUGGCGCGGCAUGGGCGCAUCGCCCACAUCACGUAUCUGUACCAUGGCCUUGCGACUAAUAUGCUGGUUGGGGCUUGUCUGGUUCUGGGUGGGGCGCAGGUUGUCGAUGCGCUGACUGGUAUGAAUGUUUAUGCGGCGACGUUUUUGAUCCCGGCUGUGGUUGCGGCGUAUGUUAUUGCUGGAGGGUUGAGGUCGACGUUUAUUGCGGAUUAUACACAUACGGUUAUUCUGUUUGUGGCGAUUCUGGUGUUUGGAUUUUUGACGAUCACGACUAGUGAUGUUGUCGGAAGUCCGGCGAGACUGUAUGAGUUGCUGCAGGAGGCGUCGGAGAAGAUGCCUAUUGACCGCAAUGUCGAGGGCUCGUAUUUGACUUUUAGGUCGGUUGGGGGGUUGAUCUUUGCUUUUGAUCUGUUUGUUUCGAGUUUUACUACUGUUUGGCUGGAUCAGGCUUAUUGGCAGCGGGCUAUUGCCUCCAAGCCUGAGACUUCCGUCAAGGCUUAUAUCUUUGGUGGACUUGCUUGGUAUGGAAUUCCCUUCGGCUUCGCGACAAUCAUGGGCCUUGGAUGCGCUGCUCUCACAGGCGAUCCUAGUUUCCCGACUUAUCCAAAUGCAUUGACAACAGCCCAAGUCGAAUCGGGUCUCUCAGCACCAGCAACAGCGAUUGCAUUGUUGGGGAAGGGAGGAGCAGUCUUGAUGCUCAUCCUCCUCUUCAUGGCCGUUACCAGCUCUACAAGCGCUGAAUUGAUCGCAGUCUCUUCUCUGUUGACAUUCGACGUCUACAAAACCUACUUCCGCCCCAACACUAGCUCCGAAGCACUAGUCCGAGUCAGCCAUUGGGGUAUAGUGCUAUACGCCAUCGUCCUCGCCGUCUUCUGCUGCAUCCUCAACGCCGCAGGAAUCAGCUUGACAUGGGUUCUCACCGUUCUGGGCGUUAUCGUCGGCGGCGCGGCAUUACCCGUCGGAAUGAUCCUACUCUGGGAGCCAAUGUCAACGGUCGCAGCCGUUGCAGCGCCCUGGAUCGGCUUCAUCUGCGGUAUCACCGUCUGGUUCGUCACAACCUACAAACGGUCCGGGGCGAUCAACGUCGCGACAACGGGCGACACGACAAACGCCCUGGCCGGGAACUUGGCUUCCUUUGGCGUUGGAUUCAUCAUGGCUGUCGUCCUGACCUUUGUCUUCCCCGGAAAGCAUGCGGAUCCAAAUGCGCAGGCUCUGGCCGGUGUUGCGGUGCCUGUCCAGGAUGGAAAUCCUACAUCGGGGACUGGCAUUGGACAAGCUGCUUCAGACAAGGAUCACACACCCUCGAUCGAUGAGAAGAGUACCCCACCUCCGGUCUCGAGUGAGGUUGUCUCACCUGCUGCAGCCACUAGGAAUGAGCUUGUUGACUACCUUGAGUCUCAUGACGUGGAACCAAUGGAUCCAGUUCUUGUGAAAAGAGGAGAGCGAAUCGCGCUGACUGCCAAUGGGGUGUUCUUCUUUGGUGCUGUGAUCUUAGUUCCCUUUGCUUUGUUUGGGAGCAGUUACGUUUAUACCAAGUCCUUUUUUACUGGCUGGGUUGUUGUUUCCUUCAUCUGGAUCUGGAUCAGUGUCUUGAUUUGUGUGGUAUGGCCGGUUGUCGAGAGUUUCGGAGCAUUACGUGGGAUUUCAUCCGGCCUCUGGAUGGAUUUCAAGUCAUUGCUGGGAUAUCGCAAAACAAUGGGCGAUACUGAAACAGUAUGA